AUGUGGCGCAAUUCGUUGCUUGCCUGCCUCGUCCACAUCGUUAUCACAACAUGUCAAAUGAACUGCCGUGCCGAUGAAAAUUCGACUGCUCGACCGCUAAGCUCGUUGUCAAAAGAUGCAGCGCAAAAAUUAGAAUAUAUUUGUCCGCAUAUGUUGGAAGGUGACAAUGGAGUUUGCUGCUCCUCAGCUCAAGUCUUGGCAAUGCAUAAACAACUGCGGCAAGCUGGCAGCCUUCUGGACAGAUGCCCAUCAUGCUACGAUAACUUCCAGAAGCUAUGGUGUGAAUUUACAUGUUCGCCUCGACAGCACAUGUUUAUGGAGGUUUUGCAAGAACUGGAAGUGCCAGAGACAAACAUCUCUUACAUAAAUCGAGUGCGAUACAAUGUCAGUAAGGAGUUCUCGGAUGCUUUAUAUAACUCUUGCAAAGAUGUGUCCAUGACGGGAAGCUCGACAAAAGCAAUCCGAUUAAUGUGCGGUAGCUUGAAGAAGGAUGAGGAAUGUACAAUCGAUAAUUGGCUGAAGUUUAUGGGCACUCAAAAUCAUCGUAUCGGCAUUCCCCUGGGCAUUGAGUUCAAUCUUAUAGAUGCGAAGCAAGGGCCAGACGAAGGAUCUGAUUAUUUUAUGACUGCUCCAACAACACCAUGCCAUAUGUCACCUCGUUAUGGUCGUGACAAAUGUUCUAAGCAAGACUGUCCCGCAAUCCAAGUCGAAGAUUUGUUUCCGAAGGAUGAAGGCACUAAGGAAGUAUGUCAGGUGUUGGGCAUGGGAUGCAAAGUGUUUUUGCUGUUUGGAUCUCUAUUUAUUUUCGCCGGUGUACUUAUAUUUAUGGGUUUCUUACACUUAUUUCAUAGUACUAGCACGACAGACUCCGGACUGGACCGUAUGGAUUACAAGAGCGUUAACACAAACAUGGGUCGAAUACGAACCAUGGGUGCAUGGAUUCAGGAACAGCUCAAGUACAAUGGGGAGAUGUUUGGAAGAUUCGUUGUCCAACAUGCAUGGUUCGCAUUUCUUUUCGGCUCCUUCAUAGCAGUGAUCUCAAUCUCUGGGAAUGUCUUUCUAAAGUUUACUAAUGAUCCCUUGGAAAUGUGGACGUCUGCACAUAGCCUUGCUCGCCAAGAGAAACGAGUUUUCGAUCAGAGUUUUGGACCUUUCUAUCGCGUAGAGCAGGUUAUAAUGUAUCCAAAAACUGUCGAACAGAUUGUUGAUGGUCCUCAUGGCAUGAAGAUGGGAUCGGUUUUCCAUAAAACAUUUAUGCUUGAGGCAUUCGUCAUUCUUAAACGGAUUUUGAGUGUAAAUGCAGUGAUAGGAGAUGGUAGACGUAUUACCUUAGAUGAUGUCUGCUUUCGACCAAUGGGGCCCGGAUAUGAUUGUUUGAUUUUCAGUCCAACGAAUUAUUUCCAGCAAAAUGCUUCCAUGCUGAAUAUAUCCUUUACGGCACUCAUAUCUGCUCAACAGAAUUCUGAAGCUGAUGACGACUUAGAUUACUAUGCUGACGAUACUGAGGCAGAAAAGGAGAAAACAGAAACAAGAAAUUACUUGAACCACAUCUAUGAUUGCAUUCAGAAUCCUUACAACAUCGAAACAUCAACAAACAUGAGCUGCCUUGGCACCUUUGGUGGUCCUGUCUUUCCAGAGCUUGUUUUCGGUGGUGUAUCGGAAAAUCAGCAGUUGAUUGAAUCGAAUGCUCUUAUAAUAACAAUCCCUGUUAACGGCAAACAAAAUAAUUUGAAGAAGGCCAUGGCUUGGGAACAAGCGUUCAUAAAUUUGAUGAAGGAGUACAAGCAUGAUGACAUACAAGUAUCAUUCAUGGCUGAGCGGUCUAUCUCGGACGAAAUAGAGAGGGAAAACUCGUCGGAUGUCUACACAGUCCUUAUCAGCUGCAUACUGAUGAUUGGCUACGUUGCGUUUGCUCUCGGGCAAUACAUAGUCACUGACAACAAUUUACUGUCAUUACUGGUACACUCAAAAAUCAUCGCGGGCGUAGCUGGUGUUGGCAUCAUCAUGUGCAGCGCAGCCAGUUCGAUUGGUGUAUUUUCUCUCUAUGGAAUAGGAACAUCUAAAGCAGCUCUUGUGGUUCUAGUAUUCGUGGCUCUCGCUGUGGGUGUGAAUCGAAUUUUCAUCAUAGUUCAAGCCUAUCAGAGGCUUGAAGACGUUGCUGGACAGUCAGUUGAAGAUCGAAUUGCAAGGGUCUGCGGACAGGUCAUGCCGUCGAUGUUGUUGAGCACUCUUUCUGAAAGUCUAUGCUUUUUUGUUGGUGCAAUUUCUGAUAUGCCAGCAGUUCGAGGCUUUUCGCUGUUCGCUGGCCUUGCCGUUAUUUUUGACUUCGUCUUCCAGAACACAAUCUUCUUGGCAAUAUUUGUCUGGGAUUGCAAGAGAGAAGAGGAGGGGAAGCCUGAACUAAUGUAUCAUCGUAAGCUUGACUCUGAACGAGUCGAGAGUGAGGGUUACAUCUACGAGGUGAUGAGCAAAUAUGCAGCCCCACAACUGAUGAGAAAGUGGAUGCGAAUGACUGUGCUAGUUGUAUUCAUUCUAUGGUUUUGUUGCUCACUCUGUAUAUUUCCUUUUCUGAAUCCUGGGUUUGACCAGAAAGUAGCAGUUCCCGAGGACUCGUAUGUCUACCUUCAUUUCAAAAACUUGGAUCGUUUGAUGAAUGUAGGACCACCCGUUUACUUUGUUGUAGAGGGAGAACUCGACAUGCAUACUAAGCAGAUACAAGACAAAUUCUGCACUAUUGGUGGAUGUUCCGAGAAUUCUGUGGGUGCAAUAUUGAACGAAGCUGCUGCGCAUUCUAAUAGGACGUACAUCAAGGGAACGGUGUUGAACUGGGUUGAUAAUAUGAUACAGUGGCUCAACAAAGAGAGUGACUGUUGCAAGGUGUACAAUUACGACAAAAAUGUCUUCUGCCCAAGUAAUAGGAAAGACUCUUACAACUGCUCUAGUUGCGAUCCUAAUCAGAGGAAUGGACGACCAACGGAAGAACCUUUCUACAAGCACUUGAAGGAUUUCAUGAAUGAUGUGCCUAAUGCAAACUGCAUUGUUGGAGGAAGAGCUGCUUUCAAAGAUGCUAUUCUUCUGAAUCCACGCGGUCAUGUGCAAGCCUCACAUUUCAUGACUUACCAUACGCCGCUUCGCACUUCUCGAGAGUUCAUCUUAGCCAUGGAGGGUGCUAGGAAGGUUGCGCGGAAGAUCGAGCAGUCAUUCAACGGAAAAGUGCAUGUUUUCCCAUAUAGUAUUUUCUACGUGUUCUACGAGCAGUACUCGACAAUCAUUUAUGAUGCAAGUACUCAGAUCACUUUGUCCUUGGCGGUUGUUUAUGCUGUAACGUGUGUUUUACUGGGUCUCGAUCCGGUCAGUGCUUUCGUUACUGUAGUAAUUAUUGUAUGUAUCCUUGUUGAUAUGCUCGGUCUUAUGGUUCUGUGGAGCAUCGAUCUAAAUGCGAUAUCCGUCGCAAAUUUGGUGAUGUCGCUUGGUAUCUCUGUGGAGUUUAUCGUUCAUACUAUAAGAAUAUUUACGCACUCGGUGCGACGAACGCGUAUAGAGAGGGCUGAGGAAGCACUAGCGCAAAUGGGAUCCACGGUUUUCUCCGGAAUUACACUUACAAUGUUGGGAGGAACGCUGGUGUUAGCAUUUGCACAUUCUCAAAUAUUUAAAGUCUUUUAUUUCCGCAUGUUUCUUGGCGUUGUGAUUAUUGGAGCUUUGCACGGUUUAGUAUUCCUCCCGGUUGUGCUUUCUUUCAUUGGAUCUCCCAUUAAUCGACGGCUGCUUCAAGAUAAAUUGCGUGAAGAAGGAACUUUGCCAGAACAGCGAAGUGAGCAACAUCCAAAACUCAGUGACAGGUUGACAGCAUCACUGCCAGCAAAUGUUCCCUUUGUGGAUGAUCCAAAAGAGAAGCUUCAGUCUCACUCUCCCUCCAUCUCUGUUGAUGUCCCAGCAAAAGCUUUAGAAGGCCCCAUGCUCCAACAUCUCAGAGUUGCACCCUUCACUGUGUACACUAAUAUCACAGUUCUGUUUGCUGAUGCUCGGUGA